AUGGUUUGUGCAAUAUGCUCGGUACAGAGACACAAUGGUCACAAGUUGGAUCACAUUGAGAAUAUUAGACAACAAUGUUUAAAGACCAAGAUUAAUGAUAAUGAUAACAACAACAACAAAGAUAUAUGGUGUACAUCAAGAUUGAACCAUCUCUGGACGACACUACAACACAGUGCCAAGACUUAUCAAUCUUUGAAACAGACAUAUGAUGAAGUGACAGGUCACUUUGAACAGUUGAUCAAGGUGAUCAUGGCUCAGGAGUAUAGAGUGAAGAAACCUAUUGAGGAUCAGAUGGAGAAGAUACAAUCAACAAUCAAAGAUAUCAUCAAAGAGAUCAAAGAUAUUAAUCACUUGAUCAAUAUGGCAUAUCCUCCUGAGUACUUUGGUGGUGAUGACCAUGCCCAGACUGGUCAUCGUGAUGAAGUGGAAAUGUCCCAAGUGAUCCAAUCAAUCGCCACAUGCUCAACGAUCGAUCAGUAUGCAAUCUCAUUGCAUGGACAAUUUGUUGGAAAGCGUCUGGCACUUGGUGAUAUUGAGUUGUUGUCAAUGGUCACUCGUCACGCUCAACAUACACGCGAUGUACCUUAUGAUGAUGGUGAUGCGCUCCUGAGAGCGAGACGCGUCAAUACAGACAUUGAUAAGCUCAAUGGAAUCAAGAAGCAAAUCGAGGAGUGCUUUCAAAUCAUAGAUACUCCUGGAGUUGUCGAGACGAUCCGAGGCGGCAUCAUAUCAAUGAAACAACAACAAUGCUCAUUUUUCUCCAAAGACUCCGACACAUGGACCGAGAUUGGUGAUACACUCCAGGGUAACCUCCAUGGAGUAUUCCAUUCGGUUAUCUACGCCCACAACAAUAUAUACGUAUUUGGAGGCUUCUUCGUACCAUUCAAAUUCCUUCGAUACUCUUUGGCCGACAGGCAAUGUUACAAAGCCGACAUUGCGGGAAUUGAUGAAUGUAAUGCUACAUCACUGUGCUACGACGGAGACAAGUACAUCUACAUCAUUGGUGGGUAUAAUAGAAAUAUCCGCGCGUACCUCAAGAGAUUGGACCGCUUCGACAUUGACACCCAGCAAUUCACACGUGUUGGCAGGAUUGAAGUGGAGAAUGCCAGGUUAUUGUGCUCCAGGUUUACAUUCUUCCUCAACAAUCGAAUCUAUAUCAUCAUUCAUGAGUUACUCGCUGUCCACUGA